GCGAAAAUAAUAUUUUAUUUUUCUUAUAUACAAUAACUGAAAAAUGCGGUUGGUGGGUGUAAUAAUAGUGUAUCUAGUAACCCUAGCAGAUGUAUUAAAAAGCAGCUUUUCCCCAAACGCAAUAAUUCUCGACGAUAUACUAUCUAAAGACUACAUGCCUGGUACUCUACUCAUGCUGGAAAAUCCCAAAGAAAUUGUAAACAACACCAACGAAUCGACUAGGGUGCACCACGAUGGUACCCUAAUUAAAGCGAUAUCAACAAUGGACUACCACAGAUCCAUGAUGAAUCAAUACAUGUGUCGAAACUUCCUAGCCGAGCAAAUCGUCUCGAACAUGUCGAUUCUUACGAGGGUGAAGCGGAAAAUGGGCCACGUAACGUCCGGCAUCGGCGAGUCGAUUACAGCGCCCUCGCUCGACGCCAAAGAGAAAUUGAUAUUCGACGAAGGUUCGUCCGGUUACAAAGAUUGGUUAACCAAGAGCACCACUUUGGAGGAUAUUUACCGGCAUUACGAUCAAGCCGAGAAUAAAAUCGACGUCGUGGAGGAGAAUGUGGAGGAUUUCGAUGAUAGCUUUAACAUACAGGAUGCCCACAAACAAGCGGAACCUAAAGUACCCGUUAAUCAUCGGCACGAAGAAGUUUAUUACGCAGGUUCACCCAAUUAUGGUUCCUCGAAUUACGGUUCUUCGGAUUACCACUUCUCCAGCGGAGGAGGUGGAGGAAGUUACCCAGUACAUCAACCAGAGACUCCAGUCCAUUACGAACAACCGUACCACGAACCACCCACAAAGUACCACGUCUACAAUUACUACACCAAAGACAAAGACCUGGCCGAUUUAUUCGAAGUCGCCCUCACAGCCCUGGCCUUCCUGGCGUUCAAAAUGUUCGUCGUACACGUCAUCAUGUGCAUAGCAUCAGUGACCAACAACACCACGACUACGACUCCCGCGAUGGCGAUGAGCAUGAGCCCCACGGCGACGGGGAACGACGAAACAGGUACGAUGGGGCCCGAUACAGAUAAUAACGCAAUGACAGGUGGUGGUACCGGCACUGGUGGUGGUGAUGACACUCCCACGGGAGCCGGCAUGACAAGCACAGGUGGUGGAAACACUGAAACCGGAACCGGAAUGGAUACCGAUGGUGAUGAUAAUAAUGGUACUGGAGAUGGAAUGGAUACUGAUGGUGAUGAUAAUAAUGGAACUGGAGGUGGAAUGGAUACUGAUGGUGAUGAUAAUAAUGGUACUGGAGGUGGAAUGGAUACUGAUGGUGAUGAUAAUCCUGGAACUGGAGAUGCAGGAGAAGAUAAUCCUGGAACUGGAGGUGGAACGGAUGGUGGAGAGGAUAAUCCUGGAACUACUGGUGACGAUAAUAAUAUGACAAACACCGGUAGCGGAAUGGACGAAGGUAACAAUGACACGGGUGGAGGUGCUGAUACUGCAAGCGGUAAUGAUAUGGAUGCGGGUAAUACUGGUGAAGGUGCAACAGGAAUGGAUCCUGAUGGAACGGCUUCUGGUAAUACAGACGGGAACUCUCCAGGUGUAUCCGGCGAUGAUGAUAUGGAUGCUACAGGUUCGGGUAGUACCGCGAUGGAUGAUGCGAGGGAUAAGUUUCAGUUUAGAUGGAAAAGGGCGGCAUCUAAUCCGGAUAAUCAGGUUUUGAACGAAUUAGCGCGAAGAGUAUUGGUUACGAUGGAAACGGCGCUGAUUGCGGAUAACGAUGAUGGGGUUUGCUUGAAGAAGAGCGUUUGCGAUAACAACAAAUGGUCCAGGAGUCUCGAUAGUAGGCAUAAAAUAUUUAUACCGUUGUGGAGUUUGGGUAUGAGCUGGUUGUCGGGAAGAAUUGUGAAAAAUGUGGCGCCAUCUACUUCAAUGCUCGACACCCUUAAAGCCUCUAUAUUGGGUUUAGGAAAAGCCAAUUGUGAAAUCAUAUAUCAGAAAUGCGAUCUGAGAAAGCAUGUUAUGGAAAGGAGGAGGAGGAAACGACGAAAAAGGGGGGACCUUUAGAAAACGCGCAUCGCAUUUAAUAAUGCAGCAGUUUAUGGGAAAAAUGUCCAUUUAAAAUGAUGAUGGAUAAUAAAAAUGUUCGGA